UGAUUUUCCAUACUUUAUUAAGCGGACCAGAAUCAAGAGUUAUGAUGAAUAUUUAUGCUCUUUUAUCGAGCCGACCCCUAGUGUAAAACAGCUCAAUGACAUUUUUAAUAGCUUUUUAAUCUAGUCACAAUGCCCUCAUUAACGACGCAUGCCCUUAUCAACGAAGGGUGAGAGGCAGUUAGGGUGUGAAAAUUGCAUCCCCGACUUUUGCAUAUGGGAGGGCCCCCGGGGGGAGGGGGCUGAAUACUCCAACGAAAAUGAAGAGGGACUGGGACCCACACUCUCCCCUGCCCUUUCACAGCUGAUUGUGUGGAAUCUCCAAGUGUACAGGAGGAAAACAACGUUUACUUUGUGUACAUAGCGUCCUAUUGUGUAAUUACAUUACCUCCCAGAGCACACGGUCUCGAUCUUCACGAUACUGAAGCAGUCACGCUCGCGUUAUGCGCUACGGACACGCGUUACAUAUUCUACAAUUGCAGUUUGAAUUAUUAUCUAGUUUUAAUUUCUGCUGUUAAUGCUUUUUUUUUCGGCACGUAAUUCUUUCUCUUUAUUUCGCUUUCUUCCGAAACCAAAAUAGCUGACGGAGAUACAAGCAUGUGAUUCAUAACUCUUGGACGAGGUCAGAAAUAGCAAUUGCACGUAUUCUAGUCUUCAUCGCAGGCGCAAGAAAUGAUGAUACAAUUUCUCCUAGUCCGUUAUCGUGACAUUGCUAAAAUUAUGUACAUAUUAAAAAAAAAAACCGAAGCUGCGCGAACUGGACGUUACCUUCCGCCUUACCCUGGUCGACGACCUUCGGCUAUAUAUCAUCUGCUCUUGGUUUAAGAUAUACUGAAAAAAUAAUAAUAACAAUAAGCCAAAAUGCAUAGCAAGUAUAAGAACUUUUUGGUUUCGUAAUGGACACACACAUGUCACGGCAGUGGAAACAGACAACACUACUUUUUCCCUUAACUAUCAAACCUUGACGUAUUGACACAAGCAUUCGAGGUAGUUUUCGAUUGCUAGGAAUUUUUAUCUAAAUACGGCGGCGAAUGCCUUUUACAGUCUAGUCCCAACGAGCUGGAUUUUAAUGAUGACGUCCUUAUCUAGCAAACGUCAUUUCAAGAAACCGAAAGAAGCACCGAUAGCGGAUGUACCAAGAAUAUUCUUGGAGAAGACACGACGACUCGCUUCGUUUCCUUGCUAAGCAAGAAGUGCCUUUAGUUGACUGAACUUAUCUUGAGUUAAUUGGUUAAAGCAAGGUCAACCCAAGCAACACGUCGUGCGCGAAUUUACGAUGAUUGAAGACGCGAUUCGAAAGUUUGCCCAGGAGAAUUUUAGUCAUAAAUAUUUCCCAGUCCUCCACGGCGAAACUGAUCAAAUACAACCCUUGGCACUGGUGGUCAGGCAGCAUAGGCCACUAUGGAAAAGACCUUUUGCAAAAUCGGAAAUUGUAAUCCUCGCAGGAUUCGAGAGAUAUGUCGAGGAUGCUGUACAGGAGACAGUUUGUGAAUCCAUCACAUCAAAUAUAAGAGAUGAAGAGCUGUCAAUGAAACAGAAGGUUGACAUGGCUGCCAGGAACGAUGAGUUUGACGUGGAUGUCGCAGGAUUUGCAGGAGGAACUAUUAAGUUAUGUGACAACCAAGGCGUCCUAACACUCGGAAAAUUGAGCCAAAAAUACAUUGACGAUCCAGAUCUUCGUGGGAUACUGGCAAAUGCAGAGCUGGAUGCCAACAAAAUGAAAUCUUUCGCAGAAUGUGAUAAAUUACUUCUCAUAACGUCUGUUAUUUACAGCGAAAAAUUUGAGCUGAAAGGGGAAAGAAUGCAUCAGAGAGAAAUGGCAGCCGAAGUGAGAAAUCUUCCGCCGUCACUGCAGUUCCUCAACAUAAACAGAAACUCACCUCUAAGGAUUUAUGCUACGGAUACCUAUUUUCCUCCAGAUGCAGCGGCCAGGAAAUCACAAGCACCCUUUCUCUUCAAGUGCUGCCGCGUGGAUUACAAUAAAGAAACUAAUCGACUGGAAAUCAGCAAAGGAGAGUAUGUCGGGAAAGUUGUGCGCAGAGACACAUGCAGUGAGGAAGAUCCUGAGUAUGACAACAUUCUGGUAGAAACUACAGACCAGACAGAUUUACCAGACUAUUUCACAGCCAAAGAUAUAGACAAACUAGAGUGGUGCUGUUACCUGAGAAGACUACAGCACGGCGUAAAGCCCGCGUCAGCAAGUACCUGCACUGGCAGAAAUUCAGGAUUUUGCCAUUGCCUUCAAAGUGCUGGAUGGUAAGAACAUAUAUACAACAUAGUUUCGCUUCGUAACUCCGAACAUUAUUUCCCUCCUUCAUGAUCCUACAGGGAUUCACUGCAAUUAUUAACUAUGCUUGUAAUAAAAUGAGUAAAUUAUCAUUGGAUUGUAUCCGUUUCUUCUAAAAAUAAUAACUUAUAUACAAACUGCUUUUCCAUUUACGGUGGUUCCCAACGGGGCAGAGCACCGUCCAUUUCCAUACGUUUAUAAAAUGGUUUUUAGUAAUCUCGAACUCUUGGGAUAUCAGUGUUAUGAAUUGUUGCAACCAUAACAAAGAUUGACCUUUCUGCAAAUGUUUCAUAACCGUAUUCAAAAGAAUAUGAUAAUCACAUUAUUUUCUUUUGCUGGAAUCAUAUGAAAUGUUAUGUACUGAAAAACUUUAGCAAUAUGUGUUAAGGUGAAUUAAUCAACAUGACACGAGCGUGGGACAAAGAAAAAUUCUGAGUCCCCGACAGGAAUCAAACC